AUGUCGCUGGUUUCUAUCACCUACGGCCUGUCCAUCACCACCAUCGUCCUCUUUGGAGUCGUGGCCAUGAUCCUUGCUCACCGCCGCCAAAAGGUCAAGAAGGACACCACAGAGUUCUUCUUGACCGCUCGUCGCUCCGUCCCUGAACGAACCAUCGCUUGGUCCUUCUAUGCCUCCGGUGUUGGUGCCUGGGUUAUCACUGCUAUGCCUGCAUAUGUUGUUUCGGCAGGAAUCGUCGGAUUGGUCGCCUACUCUAUCUCGUGUGGUCUCCCCAUCUUCUUGGUUGCCCGUGUGGGAGCCGUGUUGCAUCGCAAGUAUCCCGGAGUCCUCUCGCUCGGAGACUUUGUUCAGUGGCGCUUCGGAACCAUCCCUACGAUCAUUGUCACCCUUGUCAUGUUGCUGAACAUGUUUAUCGCUCUCACCGCCGAAUACACCGCUAUCGGUAACCUGUUUGAGCAGAUUAUUGGUGGUCCUCGCCUGCCCAUUGUUCUUGUGGUCGCCAUUGUCACCUCAAUCUACACUGCUGCUGGUGGUCUCUACGUCUCGCUCUUGACCGACGUUGCCCAAGGAGUCUUUGGAGUUUUCCUUUUGGUCAUCAUGGCUAUUUACGUCGCCAUCACUUACCGUCCCGAGAGCUUGCCCACUCCCUUGCCUGAGACCAUUGGAGCCAAUUAUUGGGGUUGGGCCGCCGUCGGCGCCAUGCCCAUCUCGAUGACCUGUGCCACCAUCUUCUCUGAGGGUCCUUGGCAGCGUAUCUGGGCCUCGGCUGACGAGAGGGCUCUCAAGCGCGGAUCGAUCUGGGGCGCUCUGGGACUUGUUGUUGUCUGCUUCUUAUACGGAUUCGGUGGCUUCUUGGCCAUGUGGGCUGGCUUCCCUCUUGCGGAUCCCUAUGGAUCGACUGGAUUCUUUGACCUCCUCGGUGCUGGAAAGGAGUCGGCUCCUACUUGGAUUGUUGUCCUCGCUGCCCUGUCCGUUGUCACCAUGAACGAAGGAUGUGUCGACUCCCUCCAGAACGCCAUUGUCGAUACGCUGGCUUCCCGUUUCUUCCGCGGAAAGAGUGUCUGGUAUCCUCGUGUGUUGGUCUUCCUAAUCAACAUUCCCAUCGUCUUUGUCUCACUCAAAGGCUACAACAUUGUCGACCUCUUCCUGAUCGGAAACUUGGUCUGCACCUUCUGCGCCGUGCCUCUGUUGAUGGGUCUUGUCACUCGGUUCGAGGGCUUUGUCACUGGAUGGUCGAUGGUCUCAGGCAUCAUUACUGGAUUCUUGUCUAUCGUGGUCUUUGGAUACGUCAAGACGGGCAACAUGGCGGACGGACUGCACUACACCUUUGUCGAGUCGUACGACUGGCCCUCGUUUGUCCUUCCUUUGGUCUUCUCCUUCCUCGGUUCCAUGUUAGUCGCUACCGUCGAGAAGUACCUCCGCUUGGCCUGUGGAUUCAAGUACCCCAUCCCAUUGACCUUGCCUCCUGAGGCUGCCGGAUCGGAGCAUGGCGAGGUGGUCUCUGACACGAAGGCUAGCUCCCUUCGUGAUGUAGAGUCUUAUGGACCCGACAAGCCUGCCGCUGAGAUGAAGUGA